AUGGUUUUGUGUUCGAACACGACAAAGCAUAUUCUGAUGACAGUGAAACAAAUAGACCCUAAUUGCCUGGUUUCCACUCCGGUCAAUGAUCCGCAGUUAAUAGAGCUGGAGGAGGAUGGUACAGUAAGAGUGACUCUGAUUCCAUCCGACCAUUGUCCAGGGUCGGUGAUGUUUUUAAUCGAGGGUCUCCGAGGAAAUGUAUUAUUUACAGGUGAUACCAUGCUCGAACAGAGUUUUGUCUAUUCGUUACACAAAAACCCAUUUUUGAUGCCUUAUAUGACCAGAGCCAAGCAGUUGGAUAUGGUGUAUUUCGACUCCACCUUCUCCUACAGAGGGGAACCUUAUAUCCAAUUUCUUCCAAACUCCACCGGCUUGUCGUUUUUGCUGAGAAUGCUUUCUCUAUAUCCUGACGAUGCCCAGUUCUAUUUUGCGGAUGUAGUGGCUGGGUUUGAGGAGGCAUGGCUUCAUGUACUGGUGAACUCAUCUGGUGAUCUACAUUGUUCGCAAAAGGUAUUAAAAUAUCUCGAGGUAGCCUUGAGUGAAGAUGACACAGAUUUCUGUAAGUCAGACAUGUAUCGGAAACUUCUUGAGCCAAGACUGAACCAAAAAUAUGGCAGGUUUCAUGUUUGUGGGCCACCAGAUCGAUGUAAUUCUGACAAGAAGGGAGAGUUUGCGGUGGUGAUCAAACAGUGUAUCAACAUUUCGCUCCAGGAAUUUUCUACUUUGUUUCCUGUUGAUCUGGAGGUAGCAUUGUCUGAGGGUGCCAAGAUGGUGGGAACCACAGAACUUGGACACAAGAUGUUUAGUUUCAACAAUAAGGAUUACCUUCUGUCGCGGGACGGUAAAGAGCUGUUGCCUUCGUAUAUCUGUCUUCCGUUUUCACGACAUGCUUCAUAUGAACAAUGCGUUCAUCUGAUAGAUUUUCUCAGACCAAUUGAAGUGUAUGGAUGCACUUUUUCAAGAGAAUCUUGGUUGGCUGGUGCAUCUAUGGCACGGUUAUUCGGCAGAUACUGCACAGGAAACCAGUUUGUCUUUGACACAGAAAACGAGGAAAAAUAUGGAGCUAUUUCUAUUCCUGGUCUAGUAAGUAUGGUGAACAAAUGGGAAUGGCGACCCAGUGAGUUUUCACCAGAAAAACCAUCCAGAUUUAAGUUUAUGGGGAUUUAUCAAAAUAGCGUAUUCGGAUCACAUUCACGGAACCACACAAACCAGACCACCCCUGAAGAAACAAACAUUAUUUAUACUCUUGACAGGUUAUUUUCUACAAGAAGGAACCAAACGAAAAUGCUGAUCCAUAAAAAUCGCAUUGACUUCGAGGGUGUAAGAAGAUACCGGAUGUUGAGGCGAAGAGAUCACGAAGAUGAGAGUAACGAGACUCCUGGUGCAAGUGACAACGAGCAGUUUCUAGAUGAUCUGGUUAGGACUAUAACUGCUGGUCGUUCGAGCAUAUGUGACUCACUAAACCAAGACAAUAUUGCCAAACCUCAAGAGUCAAUCUCCAGCUCCAAGCGUCUUCCUCAUCAACUAAUGAGCGAUUUCCCAAUUCCGAUACUGUCUGCACGCAAUAUAAUGAGGUCAAAAGACAUCCCCACAUAUAAAUCGCGGGUUCUUGGAGUGACAGGUCGCACUAAAUCGGCUAUACGAACACAUAAAAAAGUCAUCAUUACCCAUUAG